AUGGCUGGAACAAACUUUGGGGAAGAGCAGCUUUUAUAUGAAUGGAGUCACUCGUCACAAGUUGGAGAGUUAGCAUUUUACAGAUCAUUGCUGGAUUAUGAGUACUUAGGAAAAUUCAUAAGGGUACUUGCGAAAAAUAGUGAAGUAGCUGUUCGGUUAGGCAGCUACUUGGAAGAUAUAAAAAAUACAAUAUUUGAGCAAAUUCUCAAGGCUGUUAAUACAAUACAUGAGGAACGUAUUGUCCAUUCAGAUUUAAAGCCUGCCAAUUUUCUUUUGGUAAAAGGUGUACUAAAGCUGAUUGACUUUGGGAUUGCUAAGGCAAUACAAAAUGACACUACCAAUAUUCAGAGGGAGUCACAGGUUGGCACAUUAAAUUACAUGUCUCCAGAGGCAUUUUUAUGCAACGAUGAGGAUGAGAAUGGAAACAUAAUAAAAUGUGGGCGACCUUCUGAUAUUUGGUCACUUGGUUGUAUUCUAUACCAAAUGGUAUAUGGAAGGACACCCUUUGCAGAUUUCAAAACCUUUUGGGCAAAAUACAAAGAGAUAACAAACAAAGAUCACAAGAUCACAUAUGGCCCUGUUUCUAACCCAGCACUUCUAGAUAUUAUGAAAAAAUGUUUAGCUUGGAAUCGGAAUGAACGGUUACGAAUCCCUCAGUUGCUAGAACAUCCUUUUCUUCAGCCUCCAGCACCACCUUUAAUGCUUACUCAGGAAGAACGCCAUUGUAAUGCUGUUGUUGAAAUAGCUAAUACUUAUGGAUCUGAUGUUGAGAUUUGCAGAUUAUGUAAAAAGCUGCAGGAGCAGAUUAGGAAACUUUCCAUGCCAUCAGAGAGAUAGAGGUAGAAAUGAUAGGUGAUAUUUUAAAAAACCUUUGUAGCUGAAAGUUACCGAAGCUUGCAUAGACAGGCAAAGUGAUGCAUGCUGCAUUAAGAUACAGUUGAUUGAUGUUUGUUUGAUGUCUCAUUUGGUAAUGAGCUGUAUUUUUUUUAUGUUUAAAAGAUAUAGGUAACUGUUGUCAUGUUAUCUAUGACAAUCUACUUCAGUCCAGGAUAGUAACCGUCAGAAAGUGGCAGAUUCUGUCUGAGCUAACUUUGGAUUCACUAAGCCGAGGAGAGUCUUUUUGUGUGUAUACAUAGUGCCAUACGUACCAAGUAUUCUGCACUUGCAGCUUGGCAUUUGUAUGCCAGAUUGUAUUUAUAUUCAGACAACUUUAUUUGUAACUUCUAAACUGUCAGGUUUGUGUAAUUUUGUAAAGUUAUUCUUACAGAGUUGUUUGCCUCACAUUUUCUUUAAAUUUGAAAUUUAAAUUUUGUAAAUACAAUGUGAUUUUUUUGAUAACUAGACAGAGUGCUUGCACUCUACUUGAGUUCCAAUUGUAAUCAGGCACAUUUUGUUUC